AGAUGCUCAAUGCGAAGAUAGAGCCCGCCGAUUGCCUGCCGGAGAAGCCUGCGUCGCUGAAGGCGCCGAAGAUCCAGAUGCCGCCGCACGUGAGAAGUAUGUUGGGGACCCUGAAGGACCCGAAGUGGAACCUCCCCAAGGAGCACCAGCCCGUCGAGGAGGGCAAGGAGGACACGGCCGACGACAUCCGCCAGAACAUGCUGCGGAAGUUGUGCGACACUUACCUCGACCGACUGCUCGAGGAGGACGACCCCAAGAAUGAGGUAGAGGAUGAGUACAAGGCCAAGAAGAACAAGGUCUUCAUGUGGCAGGCGCGCCGCCUCUUCGCUCAGAAGCACCUGCGCGCGUACUCGACCAGGGAGACCAACACCACCAAAUUUGAUUUCAUGGACUACGUGCGCACUGUCAAGGGCAUAAAUGUUGUAGCGACCGUCGCGGACACUUCUGCCGCUGAGGCCCCGCCCGCUGAGGGCGCGAUAGCGGGCACCAUUCCAGAGGCACCGGCUAUCGCGGACGCCGCUCCAGCGGACGCCGCCCCAGCAGACGCCGCGGCGGCUCCGGCAGACGCCGCACCAGCCAGCGCUGCACCGGACGAUGCCACCAUGGAGCCGGCAGGCGGUGCCGGCGCGGCGGUUGCCGAGGCCCCCAGCGCGGCCUCCGCCGCAGACGCCCCGGCCGACGCUGCGCCCGCCGCAGCAGUGGAGAUCGAUGGUGAGGCUGGGCAGCAGACCAGCACAGCUGGCAAGCGCAGCGCUGACACGGCCGGCGUUGUCGCGGAGCCGGAGGCGAAGAAAGCCAAGACGUGAUCAGGCUACCAGGUGCCAGCUUGCGCGCUGCCAUAUGAGGCUUAGGAUCUGGUGCGCGGCUGCUGCGUGCAGGGCGCGUGUGAUCGAGUCAUGGCUCGCGACCAAAAGAGAGACGCUCGCACCA